AGCAGUGUACACGCCCUCACAUCGCCGUGUCACGCGCUGCCAGCUAUACAAACUCUCUCACCGUUCAGUCCUGCCAGAAUCUACUUCAGCCUGUCUGUGAACGCACCGUUGCCUGGAUUACAGUGAAUAAAGAAAAGAAGAAGAAAAAAAAAAACAAUCGCACGGAGGAUACAGUUUAUUCCGAAUCAGAAGAGACGCGUACACGGACAUCGGGACAUCAUGGGGAACACCGCGUCAUGUGUCCCUCAACACAGUUUCAGGAGAAGUUUUAAACGAAGGAGCAGUCGGAAAUUUUGGACGAAGGACUCAGAUGAAGGACCGGAGAAGUCUAACAGCAUCAUCAACAUCAUGUCCACCGUUACGCCCGAGACGGAGAUGUCAAAGAAGGACAUUGAGACGAUACAGAACAUCAAAUGGGACCCUCCGCCGUUCGCCUACGACGCCUCUGGCGGGUGGAAGAAGAGCAGCAUCAACGUGAAGAACUACGGGAGGCUGAUCCACAGCUCCAAAGUGCGCUUCCGGUUUCUCCACUGCCAGGACAUCCACGACUGCUACCUGGACCUCUUCCAGACACACCUACAUUUCGUCUCCAACAACACCACCGGGCUCACCUACCAGGGAACUCUUCCGCUGAAGGAACUCACUAUCUGCCAACUGCAGAACGGCAGCAACGAGCCAAACCCGUUUGCAUUCCAGAUAAAUGGCAUCGGCUUGAACCCCAUCGUGGUGUUCUGCUCCACCCAAGGGGCGCUGGACACCUGGAUGGCCCACCUGAGAGAGCACGUGGAAGGCAGCGGGGGAACCGUGGCCACCUCCGAAGCCAAGACCUACGCCAGGGUCAAGAGCGUUCGGGACAGGAUCGCGGGCCGGGAGCAGCUGAGGAAUUCGGUGAGGAACGAGCCCAUUUACGACUGGGAGGGCUCCCAGCGGGAGUCCCUGGGCCCCAUCGUCUACGUCACCAAAGUGCAGCUGCAGCACGUGCCCUGUCAGGAGCAGUAUGACCGACUGCUGGUGAUGUAUCCCGCCACCCUCAUCAUUCUGUCUGAGGAGCGAAACGGCCUCUUCUACAAGGGGAAGCUGCCUCUCAACAUGAUCACAGUCACCACACCGUGCCAAGAUGUGAGGCCAAACACGUUUAUGAUUGAAGGGAAGCUGAUUAACCCCAUCAUCGUGUCCUGUCUGGACAAGAAAGAGUUCCAUGACUGGAUUCACCAUUUCAAAGCCUCGUACGUCCCCGUGCACAUCCCCCCACCGCCGGUCUAUGACAUCAUCGACAAUCCAACCAAGAGAAUGGCCUCGGGGCAGUUCGACAGGUGCAGCGGGACCAGCGCCCAGGCCCUGGCGGAGGCGCACAGGCUCUCCCAGACGGGGCGGGGCUCCUUGGAGCUGAAAUUCCAGAACCAUUUGGAGAGCCCCUUGUCUGCCGGGUACAUGGAGCCCCUGUGUUACCUUCCCAGCAGGCCCGGCUCCACGGACACCCAGACGUCGGCGCGGCACGGCGUCAGGAGCAACAGCUUCUCCCACCGCGUGAGGCCCGCCCCGGACUACCACGCCCCGUUCCAGCGCUUCUCCUACGCCGUCACCCCCACCGAGGUCCCCGCCUCCCCCGUCUACAACAUGCCCUACCCGGUCGCGCACGCGGACAGAUACUUCCUGGUGAAGUCCAACAGCUGGAGCACGCCCCAGUCGGGGGGGAGGUACCACCUCUCCGGCCCCCAGCGGUACUCCGACAUGUGCGCCCCGCGGCGCCCGCUGUCCCCCCUCUACGACGACCCCAGCACCCCGGGCCGCUACCUGCAGGAGGACAACUACGUCAGGCCGGCGAUGUCGAUGCAGGAUCCGAGUGGCCAGGUACUGCCCCCCACCUUCAGACUGCGCACCCCCCCUCUGGGCAGGAGGAGACAGAACCUUCCGGAAUCGGAGCGGGACGUGGACAGCUCCGAGUGGACGUCGGAGCAGAGAGCCAAGGCCGUUUCCAGGCUGAAGCUGCUGUCUCCGCCCUCGACGCUCUCGCCCACCGGCGCCAGACCGGCGAUCUACUCAUCGCAGAGCCAUCAGGUGGCGUACAAUUACGCGCAAGAAGACAACGCUUUUUUGGAGGCCGCAGAACCGGACGACCAGGAAAUGGACUACGACAACGUUUGGGACUUUGACAGGGAAAAGGGGAUAAUUCGGUCCCAGUGGGGCGCGGGAGGCAUGGGCAUGAACGGCAUGCAAUCGGUGACUACACAGGCGAGGUGGUGAUAAAAUACGAUAAAAUAUGAUAUAAACAACCCCCCCCCCCCUUGUACCUGACCGGAGGUGCACAAGUAGAGGCGUCGUUACUACGCACUGGGGUCUGGAGCUCUUUCACUCUUGCCCUGUGCUUCUUCUUCUGCCACCAACAAUAAAUAAAACCCCAUUCAGAAUAAACCAUAGGGGAAAAGUGCCAAGAAAAUUGUUAAAUACGCAUAUCGUAACAGGGCAUUUAUCCUGUCACUCAUUUCUGUACAGUUUAAUCAGUAUUGCACUAGGAGGGCCCUGUUUAUUACAGUAGGGUGUCACUGCUGCACUGGAGUGACCUGGUGGAACCGUACGUUACUCUACCUGAAAUUUGGGAGCGUUAUUUAUUUAAUUAUUAUUUUUUUAAAAGAUUAGUACGAUUUUAUUAGUACGAUAUCUCUGAACUGCACUGCGUAUCUGAGUGUCUGUAAAAAAAAAAAAGCAUUGAAUUGUAAAGACUUUCUAACAGCGAUUCAGGGAUUUAGGGACUGAUGUUUUAAGGGUUUUGUAAGACUUCAUCCCCACUGCCAUUUACAUGUAGCAUAGCGCCAUGUUGUAUAAUAUGUACAUAAUGUGUAAAUUCUUGAAAGUGCUCGAAGAUGUUCUAUUGUAUUAUUGAUAUUUGAGUCUAACCUAUAAUUUUGUACUAUUUAAUACUGCUUCAGAAGAGCUAUGUUUGAAUGUUUACAUAAUGUUAUAAUAUGGUGAAGUACAAAGCAAUUAAAACAAAAUAAGUUUGAUUUUUGUA